GUGCAAAUACGGCUUCAAGGUGCUGGAUCAUUCUGUAUCUGUAUGAUGUGCACAAUGUACAUGAUCUUGGCAUGAGUAUCAAUAACAUUGUAUCCAUGACAUAGCAGUGUUUUGUGUGUGUGGGUGAGAGAGAGAGAUACUACAAGAGAGAUGGAAUAAUUCAGAGGUUUUAGGUGGCAGUCCGCAGUUGAUAGGGUCUGUCCAGUCGAAGCCUUUUCUGUUUGGUCCCAAAUUCACAACCUGAUCGCCAUCCAAGAUCUCAGCCACAUCACACGUGCGGCGUGGCGACGCCCUGACGCACAUCGCAGUUGGAGGCAGACGAGAGGUCGGGCCGCCACGCACGCAACGCAACCACUUCCCCCUCGCACAAAAAUCUGAACUCUCCAUGGAGAACUGAGCUGAAACCCUGGUCUCAUCUCAUCCGACACCGGAACGAAAAUAUCCUCCGAAUUUCCACUGACAACAAGCACGAGCGUCGCCCCACGGAGAUCGCACCAUUUUUCCACUUUUCGCUCGCUCCCUCUCCACCCCCCGGGCAUUUCUUGCUUUCUUGGCUUUUUCUUUGCAACCCCCACCCGAGGGAGGAAAGAACAAGACCGCAAGGCAGGCGUCCCAAUCGCGGCCCGGGUUCCUUGCUCCUUUUGCUCGAGAAAAUGGCCUUCUAACCGCAGCCUCAUGGCCCGGUCAACCCCCGUCCAAAGCUGGAAAGCCCAAAGGCCGAAGAUGUGAAGAAAAGAACACAGUACCAACCUUGCAGAAAGGUUCAGAGAUCAUAUCUUUGUUCCUUCCUUCUUCUUUAUCCCAUUAUGCCUGGUAACCAAGAAUCUCAAGAUUUUUUUAUAUGGCUGCCACCUGCUGCAUUUCAAUAUUUGUCAUUAAAUCAUUAUUUAACCAGGAUGUAAGUUUAUUAGUAGUAGGUGUAUAUAUGGCAUGUUGGUUAAGGGGGUACAGACUACAGUGGUGGUUGAAACAAGUUGGUUUACAUCACUUGGGGAAAAAAAGUAAAAGAAAUGUGUAAAAGUUGUCCUCAAAGUUGUGGUUUGGUGUAAGUGUAAUGCAAAAAAAUGUCAAUAGAAAAGAACUGGAUUAGUAGUGGACUCGUAGCUCAGUCCUUUACCUUUGCAGCGCGCAGAAGAAAGACACGUACGCUCUGCCACUUUUGUUGGGUUGGUUUGGUUGCUUGCGUGACUGUGUGUUCGUGUUCCCCCCAUUUACAUAUAAGCAUGGGCUCGUCACACUUCACAAGCCUUGGCCUUGGCCUUUCCCUCAUCAGCUAAUUGCUUUGCUUGGACCCUUGCACCUGCUGCAAGUUGAGCCAGCAUCCGAGAAGCUACCACUCCUAGCUGCUCCGGCUCGGCUCAGCUCAAAAGGCGUCGGGGUUUAGUGCACGAGAUGAGCAGCGCGUUGCCCGGGGCGGUCUGGGCAACGAGCAGGACGAGGAGAUGCUGCUGUUAGGAUUGGCCGCGGGCCUCGCCGUCGCCGGGGAGGUCAAGAAGCAGGACGGCAGCGGGGCGUCCUCCGGCGGCCAUGGCUCGAGGAUUGGCCCCGCGGUGGUGUCCAUCUUGGUGAUAGUGGCCGUCGUGCUGCUCGUCUCCGGGCUGCUGCAUAUCUUGGUCAGGUGCUUGCGACGGCGCGGCCGCGCGCGCGAGGGGGCGGAGGGUGGCGCCGACGGGGUCGGCGGCGGCGGGGAGGAGUCGGCGCUGCAGAGGCAGCUGCAGCAGCUGUUCCACCUGCACGACGCCGGGCUGGACCAGGACGUCAUCGACGCGCUCCCGGUGUUCCUGUACCGGGAGGUGGUGGGCGCCGGCGCCGGCGCCAAGGAGCCGUUCGACUGCGCGGUCUGCCUGUGCGAGUUCGCCGGCGACGACCGGCUCCGGCUGCUGCCGCUGUGCGGGCACGCGUUCCACAUCGACUGCAUCGACACCUGGCUGCUCUCCAACUCCACGUGCCCGCUCUGCCGGUGCGCGCUCGUCGCCGACGCCGCCGCGCUGCUCGGCUCGUUCGGCGACGACGGCGGGUGGAAGCGCGAGGACGCCGUGCUCCCGGUGCGCCUCGGCAAGUUCAAGAACCUGGCCAGGGCGGCGCCCGUCGCCGUCCACGACGGGGCCGGCAUUGUGACCAGGGAGGGCGGCGAGACGAGCAGCAGCAGCCUGGACGCCAGGCGGUGCUACUCCAUGGGCUCCUACCAGUACGUCCUCGCCGAGGCGAGCCUGCAGGUGUCCGUCCACAGGAGGCACGGCGACGGCCAUGCCAGGGCCGGGGCCAGGCUCAGAGGCGCCGGCGCCAACCCCGCCGGCACGGAGGCCGCCGCGGGCACCGAGGGGAAGAGGAUCGGCGCCGGCAGCAAGGGCGACAGCUUCUCGGUGUCCAAGAUUUGGCAGUGGCCGCGGAGCGGCAAGGGGAAGCUGCCCGUGCUCGCGUCCGACGACUCGCCGGCGAUGAACGGCCGGCUGCCGUGGCCUAGGCGGAGCCCCGGGGAUUCGUGACGCAGAGAACGUGUGUGGUGGUGCGUGCUCCGGACUUUGUUGAGCCGGUGAAUCUGUUCAUAGCCAUUCGUUCCUCUUACAAAAUCACAUUUGCGUGUGGUAGCGAUGA